AUUUACUGAACACUCACUUUACGAUAAGGAAAUGAAUGGCGACCAAAACAGAAACACAGAUGUCAUUUGACAGUGUCAAUAGCGAACGUUCCACGAUUAAUAUGCCAGGUCAACUUCCAAUGUAUAACGGAAACAACAGAAUAGAUCACAACAAAUGUCGGUACCCCCACUGCAUUGUGUGGACACCGAUACCUUGUAUAACGUGGCUUUUCCCGUUCAUCGGACACAUGGGAAUUGCAACGACCUCCGGUGUCAUUCGAGACUUUGCAGGACCAUAUUUUGUUUCAGAAGAUGAGAUGGCGUUUGGUAACCCAACAAGGUUCUGGCAGCUGGACCUGGAAAAGGUUCGAGGCGGCAAGGAGUCCUGGGAUAAGGCUGUUGCUGACGCAUCUGAAGAGUAUAAACACAGAAUGCAUAACCUGUGUUGUGACAACUGCCACUCUCAUGUUGCCAUGGCGUUAGAUCUGAUGAAUUAUGGCAACAGUCACUCUUGGAACAUGAUCAAGCUGUGUUUCCUCAUGUUGUGUCGGGGGAAGUUUGUCAGUAUCGGAGGCUUCCUGAAGACGUGGCUGCCGUUCUUGUUGAUUGCUGCAGUUGUUCUCAUCGCUGUGCUGGCCACGCAGAUCCCCAACUCUGAGAUGUGAUCCCCCCCAAACUUUGAAAUCCCCAAAUCUAACGUGAUCAUCAUACCCAGAACGACAUGGAGAAUGCACAGGUGAUGCCUGGACAUUGUUUGCAGGGGUACAAUUAUCUGUUUGUGUCACAAGCACAAAUACAGCUAUUUUAGAAAGGAACGCCUGCAGUUUGUGAUUUGGUAUUGAUGUUAAUUUAAAUUAAAUGUGUAAUUCUGUGGAAAAUAUGUGACCAAGUGAUUUUGAACUUGGUUUAGAAUAGUAGUCUCGCUUAAAACACUUGAAAUACUGAACCAUCUCGCUCACUCACCUACAAAAUUUACAAUUUUAUGAGGUGUCUGGGCCUCCAGAAAUCAGGAGCUUUGUAUCAAUGAACAAUCAUGUAUCCUGGACAAGUUAAUUAAGUUCUAUGCAAAGAAGCUUCUUGUGCUUAGUUGGUGAUCAACAAGAGCCUUGUUUCAUGGUGGAGCAUUCAAACCAGAAUGUGGUUCACUGUCUGGGGACAUGUCCUGGAUGUCUGAUGUCCAUGUCUGCUUGGCACACACACACACACACA